CCCAUUCAGAUUUUGCUUGGGCGGCUGGGUUACCCAUCCCGGGUCGCAAAGACAAAGCAGAAGUCGUCACUUGGAGAGGGAGGAGAGAGAGAGAGAGAGAGAGGGUAUUGAGAUGCAACAGCUUCAGAGUCCGCAGAGAUCCGGUGCUGCGGGGGCGACGGCAGCAGUCGCUCCGGUGGUAGCUGGGCCGAGGAGGAGGUGCGAGGGGAUGGCCAUGGGUGCUAUCACCCUUGACCUCCGUCCUGGACUGGGAGUCGGACCAUUUACCCUAGGAAUGUCCAUUCGUGAAGCAUUUGCGCAAAUAGAGCACCAGCCUAACAUCUAUGAUGUGGUCCAUGUCAAAUACUAUGAUGAGGACCCUUUGAAGUUGGAUAUUGUUAUUAACUUUCCAGAUCAUGGUUUUCAUCUUCGUUUCGAUCCUUGGUCACAGAGAUUGCGGCUAAUUGAGAUUCAUGAAGUUACAAAAUUGCAAAUGCGUUAUGCAACUUCUUUGAUUGGUGGCCCAACCCUUGCAACUUUUGUGGCAGUUUAUGCUCUCUUUGGACCAACAUUUCCAGGCAUUUAUGACAAAGAUAGAGGGACAUAUACAUUAUUUUACCCAGGAUUAUCAUUCGCUUUUCCAAUCCCUACUCAGUUUACAAAUUGCUGCCAUCACGGGGAAGUUUCAGCAGAUUUGCCUCUGGAGUUUCCUGAUGGAACGACCCCUGUAGCAUGCCGAGUGUCAAUAUAUGACAACUCUUCUGAUAGUAAAGUUGGAGUGGGCUCCUUGAUGAGUAGGGCCCUUGCUCCUCCAUUGCCAGCCGGUAGCUUGUACAUGGAGGAAGUGCAUGCUAAGCUUGGAGAAGAACUUUGGUUCACGAUUGGAAACCAGCAUAUUCCUUUUGGUGCCUCACCCCAGGAUGUAUGGACAGAGUUAGGACGUCCUUGUGGCAUCCAUCAGAAGCAGGUUGACCAAAUGGUUAUCCACUCUGCUUCAGACCCACACCCUCGCACAACUCUUUGUGGAGAUUACUUCUACAAUUAUUUCUCACGUGGUCUAGACAUAUUGUUUGAUGGACAGACUCAUAGAAUCAAGAAGUUCGUUCUACAUACAAAUUAUCCCGGUCAUUCAGAUUUUAACGCCUACACCAAAUGCAAUUUUGUUAUUUAUGAUGCUGAAAUUGAAGGAACUAUUCCAUUAGGAGGUUCCACAAAGCGUUGCAUAACACCUAGGACCAAAUGGGAACAAGUAAAGGAGAUCCUUGGAGAUGGUGGCCGAGCUGCAAUCCAAACGCAAGGAUCAAUGAACAACCCUUUUGGCCCCACUUUUGUUUAUGGAUAUCAGAAUAUAGCUUUUGAGGUUAUGAGAAAUGGUUAUAUUGCUACUGUUACACUCUUCCAGUCAUAGAAACCUGCUGCGUUCUCCUUCCACUCAAAUGGCGGCAUCUGCAUCAUAGUUGUUGUAUAGUCUAAUCAAUCCUGUAAAUUGGUACUUUUCAAAAUCCUAAAUUUCAUGUAUUCUUCUGUAAAUAAGCAUCGUGUUAACCAAGUUAGAAACUUAUGUAUAGCAUGAUGAUUUGCUCGAGAAACAAUUAGUUCCCGCAAAUUUUACUUUAUAUUUAUUCAAGUGGUUAUAUU